AGGUGCAUUUGACCCCGCCCACAAUUACGUCAUGAGCGUUCGGGAAACAAAACAGGGCUAAACUCAUUUGCAGGAAUGGCGUCGGCGUAAAAAACUAAACAAAAAAGAAGCUCAACCGAGCCGAGCAUGGAGGAUUUAUUCUUUAAAUCGGCCUUAUCGGCGCUCGACUACCACCGGCUGGACACCGACACCAGUUUGGCUCUGCCGGCCGAGCCUAGGCCCCGAUCCUCGGCUAAAAUUCCCAGUAGUGACCGCAGCUUGAGGGUACAGCAGCAGGUUCAACUCACAUUAUCGCGGAAGGCAAGAAAAAGCCUAUCUAUCGGCAGCGUCUCCUUGCAGAAGCGGAGCACCGCCAAAAACUGUGACGUCACUGAUGGAGGCUGGUCUCGUACCACGGUAAACGGCUGUGGCUACAACAGCGUCUCUCUUUCAUGCACUGAGCAUGUGCGGCGGCCUUCCAGGAGGGUGGAGGUGUCCCCGCCCGUGAGUCCCGAAACGCCACAGCGCCAGUUUGUUUUCAAUGGCCUCCACUUUUCCACGCCGUGCACCCUUCCGGGCCGCAGCGCCUCCCACAGGAACUGCUCCCUGCUGGGCCGCUCGCUGGGCUCCCAUCAACGCUACGCCCUCUCGGAGGUCCCUCGGUGGGCACCGCGUCACGCUUCCACGCCCUCCAACGGGAGCUUCCGUCUCUGGUCGGAUGCAUCGUUUCGUGGGUUGGAGUCAGGCUGGAAUGAUUCGGUUUUCCAUCAGAGCAGGAUGAGCGUGCAGGAGCAGGGCGGUGAUGGGAUGGCGAGGCGGGAGAAGCUCCAAAGACUGAACACGCAUCCGCCCUUGGGCGUGGAGAUGGACGCCACAGUCGCUCUGAAGCCUCCAGAGAUGACGCUAGAGAGGGCUGUCAAUCUGCUGACUCAGCAAAACGAGGACACGCUGAUCAGGGCCGCCGCUCACAUCCAGUCCCAAUGCUUGAAGAGCGCCGACGCCAGGAGGAUGGUGUAUUACCUGCGCGGCAUCAGAAAGCUGCUGCACCUCCUCCAUAACGACGACGAGGAGGUGCAAAGCGGCGCCGCCGCCGCGCUGCGUAACGUCGUCUAUCAGAGCAGCGAGAACAAGAUGGAGGUGAAGGACAACGCCGGCGUGGCUACAGCUUUGCGAGUCCUGAAGAGCAGCCGAGACACGGAGACCAGGCGACACCUUGCAGGCCUUUUGUGGAACUUGUCUUCUCACGACCUCCUGAAGGAAACCCUCACCAGGGAAGCCUUGCCGGUCCUCACGCAGUCCGUCCUCGUGCCAACUUCUGGUAUUUCCGAAGGCGAGAACCCAAAAGAUGAACUCCUGGCAGAUGACGAAGUUUUCCACAGUGCUACCGGCUGCCUCAGAAACCUGAGCUCCUCUGGUCCAGAUGGAAGGAAAACCAUGAGGGAGUGCGAGAACCUCAUUGACUCGCUGGUCUACUACAUCCGAGGAACCAUAUCCGACUACAAGACGGACGACAAGUCCACAGAAAACUGCGUCUGCAUCCUGCACAACUUGUCCUAUCAGAUGGAGACGGAGCUGCCUGACAAGUAUGCCAAACAUCUCCUGCAGUCACAGCAACACUUGCAGCCCAAAGCCAAGACUGUGGGCUGUUUUGCGCAACGCAGCACCAAAACCACAGAGCAAGCUGAGCAUCAGUGCUUCCUGCUGGAGGAGAAAGCGAAUCCGCGUGGUAUUGAAUGGCUGUGGAGCUCCAUCACCAUCCGCAUGUACUUGUCGCUCAUCGCCCGCAGCGUGCGUCACUACACGCAGGAGGCGGCCAUCGGGGCUCUGCAGAACAUCACGGCCGGAAACGGACCGAUGACUGAAGCCAUCGCCCACACCAUCGUCCAAAAGGAAAAUGGCCUCCUGCAUGUGAGAAAGGUACUGCAAGAGGGCGAGCGGGACGUGAGGAGGACGGCCGUGUCGCUCAUCAAAAACCUCUCUCGCUUCUCCCAGCUGCACCCCGACAUUGUUAAACAGGUAUUACCAGAGGUGGCGGAGCUGCUCCCCAAUAACGACACGGGCCGAGACCUUCCCUCGGAUGUGACGGCGUCCUUGUGUCACAUCCUCAUCAACCUGAGCCAGAGCAACGUGAACAACGUCAGAGCCAUACUGAGUCAGGGCGCCCUCCCUAAGAUCUGCAACAUCAGCAAGAAGGACAACGGUUAUGGACCAAGCAGGGCGGGUCAAGCGGCGUGUCUUCUUUUGCACACCAUGUGGAGGCACAGCGACCUCCACGGGACCUACAAGAAGUGUGGCUUCAGGAAAGCUGAUUUUAUUAACACAAGGACGACAAAGGCUGUUAACGCCAUCCAGGACUGAAGAGAAGACACCAGACAUGUGGCUUCAGGAAAGCUGAUUUUAUUAACGCAAGGACGACAAAGGCUGUUAACGCCAUCCAGGACUGAAGAGAAGACACCAGACAGUGAAUAUUAUUAUUCAGAAUAUUUUUUUUCCUAAAAAAACAACUAAAAAAAACAAAACACAUGAGUGCAGUGAACAUUUUAUAUUCUAUAGAACACUUAAAUACAUUUGUAGUUUUCUAACCUUAAUAUUUACUUUUUUUUUUUUUACAUUUUGUACACAAAACGACUUAAAACAAGCUAAUAUCUCUGCUCUACUUCUGCCUAUGAGAGAUGAAACUAAUAAUUUCAUGGUUGAAUAGCCAGUACACACAGAAUUUUUUUACAUAAAUAUAAAAAAAGAUAACCCAUUAAUUAAAAAUGUACGUCUGCAUUCUUUAUGGCAUUUUCACCCACUGUUUACAACGUAUUUGCUAUUAUUGUGUCCGCUAGAGGGCAGUGUAGCGCCAUGUUAGAAUUCCUUUUCAAAGUUUUGUCUUGUCACCCUUAAACUCGUCCCCAAGUGACCUUAAAUAAUGAACUCAUAAGCUCCCUACGUCUCAUAUGCUUUAAUAACACACGGAUUAAACUCUCGAACUUUCUAUUUGGGGAACCCGACGUUUAAUCAUCUUUAUUUGGGUGCAGUGAGAGGAAAGCGAGGAAAAGCUGCGUAGAGUCCAAAUUCUUGACACAAAAGGUUUCUUGUAUUUAGUGCAGCUUCCACAGGCCUCAGCAAGGGAGGGGCUCAUCCUCUUUUUUUUU